AUGGCAGAAUCAAAAGCAGCAAGACUGGUGACGGUGAACGCUGUGAUGCUGCUCUUGGCUACAAUAUCUUCAGCAGUGCGGUUAUGGGUCCGCAGUGUCUACAUGAAGGGACUUGGAUCUGAUGAUGUCUGCUUUACGUUCAGCUAUGUUUUCACUUGUGUUCUUUGCGUUGUAUCCGCAUUGAUGGUUCGAUAUGGAGCUGGACAACAUUUAAAGACCCUAGAUCCUGAAGAUAUCGAGAGAUUCCUGCAGCUCGAUUUCGUCAUCUCGAUCGCAUAUAUCUUCGCUUUCAUCACCAUCAAGGUCUCUUUUUUACUAUUUUACCUCCGCAUAUUCCCUGGAAAGAGGGUACUAGCCGUGUGCUAUGGCUGCAUAGUAUUUCUGAUCUGUCAGUGUAUCGAGGAAACAGCAGUCGUCAUAUUCCAGUGCUCUCCAGUCCAGAAGGCCUGGGAUAGCACGGUCCCUGGAAAAUGUCUGAACCUAUUGACAUUCUUCUACGUCUCUUUCGGAAUCAAAUUGGCAAGCGAUCUUGUCAUAUUCUUCUUGCCUAUCCCGCUCUUGUAUAAGACGAAACUGAGCCGGGGCAAGAAAACGGGAGUAAUUGCCAUGUUCGCUCUAGGAUUCUUGGUCUGUUUGACGAGUAUCAUUCGCGCAACUCAGUUGCAGAACACAAGUACAGACAUGACAUAUAUUAUAGUAGAUGAGUUAGACUGGUCGUCGAUCGAGGUCACCGUCGCAGUGAUUUGCGCCUGCAUCCCCAGUUUCAAAGCGCUCAUCACAUACAAGUUCCCCACAAUACGCCGGGUCCUUGGGCUCACAUCCUCGGACCCAGCAAGCAAUUCACGAGGUUAUUCGAGCCGCUACGGUCGUAUGGACAAAUACAAUAUCACUGGAUCACACCAAGGCCAUGUCCGCAUGCACAAACUGCCGCAUUCCACCAUGUCUCGGAUGGAGACCGAUAUCCAUGCUUCCGACUGGGACGACAGUAAGGAGCAAAUUGCGGUCCCGGGUGAAAUAAAAGUUACGACCGACCUAACAGUUAACCGAGUUGAUGAUAUUGAAUGA